GUUCCCGACCAACUGUGCGGAACUACGUUGUAUACAUUUUCUUGAAGUGAAUACUCAUACUGUUGGUGAUUUUAUUUGUGAAAAGUAUCAUAAAAAAAGAUUUUAUAUUACUGUGCAGUGUUAUAUAAAGAUUUUGAAUUAAUGAGACCGAUGGAGUGUUGAAUAAUAACAUAUGUGAGUUGUGUUUGAAUUGAGUGAAAUUUAUGAUAGUGAACAAGAUGUGAGAAGUAUCCACCAUGUGGGUGGCGGAGUUGAGCUGUUUUUUUAUAUUAUUUGGCGUAACAGCCGGUGGAGGUGGUAGCUGGGAGCCUCUAGGACAACCUUACUUUGACAACAGUACGAAGCGAGAGGCUACAGCUGCCGUUGGUCAACCUGCGUAUCUGCACUGCAGAGUCAGAAAUUUGGCUGACAGAGCUGUAUCCUGGAUUCGCAAACGUGAUUUGCACAUCCUGACUGUGGGUGUUCACACAUACAGCAGCGAUGCUCGAUUCGCAGCACUUCAUGCGGACGGCUCUGAUGAAUGGACACUGAGGGUAGCACCAGCUCAACCACGAGACUCCGGUGUAUACGAAUGCCAAGUGUCUACAGAACCUAAAAUUAGUUUGUCAUUUAGACUCACCGUUGUUGUGUCGAAAGCUGAAAUUUUAUCGGGGCCGGAGCUGUUUGUGAGGGCGGGUUCAGAUAUUAAUCUCACUUGCGUCGCAAAAUACGCUCCCGAUCCCCCUAGCUUUAUAUACUGGUAUCGAGGUGAACAAGUGGUAAACUACGCUCAGCGCGGUGGAAUCAGUGUUGAAACUGAGCAACGUACCCGUACAAGCCGUCUGCUCAUUGCACGCGCCGCACCUCAUGACUCCGGCAAUUACACCUGUGCGCCGAGUAGUUCAGAAUCUGCUUCCGUGAUCGUCCACGUACUGAGUGGAGAGCGACCAGCAGCAAUGCAAAGUUCUUGUCCGCCCCCUCCAAGCCUGAAUCGAAUUAUCUUCAUUGCGACAACAAUAUUAGCAGCAUCAACGACGAAAAACCGCCGGGAUGUCUUGUUCCCAUUAAUAUUAUACAUAACCUACAGCUUUCUUCAAGUAAUUGGAAUUGUUGUAUUAGUUCUUGCAAUUUUUUCCAUACGUCACGUUCACUAUUCAUUUAUUUCAAUGUCUGAAAUGAGAUGACCAUCUAAGUAAAUUUUAUAUAUGGCAACUGUAGAUGCUUUGUGUUAAGUAUAUCACCGUUAAAAUAUCCACUUGAAUACAACGAGAAUGUAGUGAAUGACUGUUAUCUGUAAAGUUUGUUAAAAUUUCAGAUCAUUUUACAGAAUUAUAUUUUGUGACAUAAAAAUGUAUAAUAAGAAUGAAGCGUUAUUAAAAGUAAAGCUUAAAUAAUUAAAUUUGAUAAUAAAUGUUUCUAAGAAGAUUAGCGAAUCGCAUCUACUUCAGUGGGUUUAAGUCUUGAGGCGAUUAUUCGCCGCUUAUUCUCUUUCGUUUUUCCAGCUAACUACGCUUGUCUUAAUCCUCUACCAGGAUUAAGAACAAAUCGAAUUCGUUAUUCUGAUCCGCCAUGAGCUGAGAUUCAAUAUAGGAGGCUUAAACUAUGUGUUACGUAUUUAAGCCAUUGGUCGACCUCUUAGCCACGUUAUUUGCCUUGCCAUCAUCUCGAGUAAACAGUGAUAUCAUUUAUAUUCAGUAAUAACGAUUACGUUAUACGCUACGUUAUACUUUACGUAUAUAUUAAUAUAAUUAUAAAUAACUAUUAUUUGUAUAGAUGUUAAUUUUUAAGCAUCGAAAUAUUAUAUUCAAAAUUGUUAACAAAUUUUAGAGUGUGAACUAGUCGAAAGAAGUAGUUGGGUGAUAAAAUCUUUAAAAAAGUAUCUAAACAAAUGUACUAUGUCCCACUGUACUUCCGAACUAUCUCAGACUACAAAAUUUUAUAUCAUUGUUAUUGCUUUAGACUGAGUUGGUGACAUUUGGAUUGGUUGGGUUAAAUGAAUUAUAAAAAUGUUAGAGGCAAGUUAAAUUAGAGUCGAAGACAAAAAAAUAUAUAUAUUCAGUUAUUGAAAAUAAUUACCGUAUUAUGGUUUAAUGUUGUUUUUUUUUUUAAAUAUAAGUGUGUUCGAUAUGUGUAUACUAUAUAUGUUGUCGAUUUUAUUUUAAAACACAAAAUUUACUCAUUUGAAACAUAUUUUUUUUGUUCCCAUCAUUCGCAGUUGAACUUUAUAUUGUCCCUACUACAUAAGCGGUGAGCAUAUUCAAGCGCUUGGCAAACUUUCACAAGUGAUGUGAAUUAAUUGAAUUUUAUCAUAAAAGAAAUGGAAUGAAUAAACUCAAUUUUAAUUUUGCAAUUUUAACUUGUUUUGAAAAAAUACUUCUUUUAUUAUAAUACCAUUUCUGGUCCAAGUAAAAAUACAAUUUAAUUGUACAAAUGUAGAAGAAUUUUUGUGUAUCUUUAUCUGUUACUUAAUUAUAAAAAAUAUCAUUUUUAUAAAUGUAAACAGUUUAGGAUAUUCUUGUAAAUUAGUUUUUUAAAGCUAUUAUUGAGUGACUCAGUUCGUUUUAGUUAUUAUUUACUAUAUUAGUUACCAUAUUAUUACCGAGAUAUUACAGUACAUAUUCCUUUUAAUUUAGCAACAGAGACGUCUCCAAUUACGACUAUCGUUUCAUUUUUAUUUUUCUUUCUCUUGAAUAAUUUUAUGAAUCGUAAGACUUGUGAUUAUUCUAUGUAAAUAUAAAAUACGUUUUGUACAUAUUUUAUUGUAAAUACAGUUGUUAAAAUAAAAAGUUUUGAAGGUAAACACAUGUAAUAUUAGUUUAAGCGCAUUCUUCGCACCUUAAGGUGCUUAAGCUGUCUCAAUAAUGUGGUAGACAAAAAGGGUUGUGUAAUAAACUAUCAAAUGUAGAUGUACUUCACUACAAGUAUAAUAAAGAAUUAAUUAAUA